UGCUGUGCUAAGGCGAAACUAGCCGACACGAUACAGUGUUUCAGGUGUCUGACAGUCAAACCCGGGCCUGCCAGUCAAACUAACACACACUGCGUGUUUGACAAUGACAGCACAUGUUUAUCCGACCCCUGACAAACCUAACUGGGUUAGCUGGCUGGGCGUUACAUCACUCCCAAGGUCACUAUUUCAAAAUAAAAGGACCUGAAAAAGUGCCUACACGAUGUCAGUGGCAGUGGAAACCACAGUGUCCAGGGUGUCCCUCCCUGUUCCCACCCACUUCUCCCACGCAGAGCAGUCCUUCUCCCUCAAAAAGCGCCGCCUCCCUUUCUCCUCCUCGUCUACGUCCAACUCGUCCUACUCUUCCCCUGCCCAGCUUUCGCACUCUCUGCCCCCGCUGCCACCAUCCAAGGGAUGUCCCCCUCUGAGCAGGAUGUUCCCGCAGCAACCAUCCCCGUGGACGCCCUUGUCUCGUUCCCUUAGUAGUAAGUCCCCCCCUCCGAAUUCUGUGUAUGAUCCCAGCAAACAGCAGACCUAUUUCAAUCAGUGUUUCACUAAUUUGGGCCUGCUGGGAAGAGGAUCCUUCGGAGAGGUCUACAAGGUUCAAAACAACGAGGACGGCCGCCAGUAUGCAGUCAAGCGCUCGGCUCAUCGUUUCAGGGGCAACAGUGAGAGGAACCGGAGUGUGAGAGAAGCCAGGAACCACGAGCGCCUGUGUCCUCACCCUCAUAUUCUGGAUUUUGUAGCAGCCUGGGAGGAGUGUGGCCGGCUGUACAUUCAGACGGAGUUGUGUAGCACCAGCUUGUUGCUCCACGCUGAGAAUCAGCCGCCUGGUCCAGAUGAGCCUGCAGCAUGGGCCUACCUGUGUGACCUCCUCUCAGCGCUGCAACACCUCCACUCUCAUGGCUUUGUCCAUCUGGAUCUGAAGCCCGCUAACGUCCUGAUGACUGACUCUGGACGUCUGAAGCUGGGGGACUUCGGGCUGCUGCUUGAGCUCAAUCAGAAGAGUGCAGAGCCUGUGGAGGGGAAGGUGAAAGAGGAUGCUCAGGAGGGAGAUCCGAGGUACAUGGCACCUGAGCUGCUCCGUGGGGAGUAUGGACCUGCUGCAGAUGUGUUCAGUUUGGGUGUUUCUAUUCUGGAGCUUGCCUGUAAUAUCGAGGUUCCAAAUGGUGGAGAUGGUUGGCAACAGCUCAGACAAGGCUGCCUCCCCUCGGAGUUUACUGGCGGCCUGUCGGUCGAGCUUCAGAGCGUACUGCGGAUGAUGCUGGCUCCGGAACCAUCUGAGAGGCCGACGGUCUCCGAGCUUCUUGCGCUCCCUUCUGUCUGGAAACACAGAUGGAAAAGAUGCAUCGGUCUAAUGGUCGCAGAGGCCACGCUGACACUGGCCUCUCUCUGUCAGAUGGUGAUGUGCUUUGGGUGUAGACUCCUGUCCUCCCUUCACUUGUCUUUCCUCCCUCAGUGGACCAAGCCAGUGCCCUGCACUCCUCCUAAGGAUAGCUGGGACAGGGAUUUGACCCUGCCCCUCAGUGCCAUGCAUGGCGACUCAGGGAGCCCAGAAGAUGAUGCAGUGUUUGUGCUGGGUCCCACAGACCCAGAGCUUUCCCCCACAUUCUCACACAGGGUCAAAUCCAGACUGUCUUUGGAAAGCACAUCUACUCCUCUCCCAGCUUCACCAACACACAAUCACAGAAGUCCUGCCCACACACCUACUCUCUCAAACCUGGGUGACUGGUCCUCCUGUAACUUAGCGCAGACCCCCUCCAGCAUCCGCUCCAAUGGUUCCUGCCACACGCUGACACCCAACGCGAGCCCCAUACAUACAGAGCAUCGCACAGACAUCAUGAAUGAAAACUCAACGCACAGCCGACAUUCUUCAUCCGCCAAGUCCUCGCAGCGACGAGGUCGCAACUGGGUCCGGACGGAGGAGGCUUUACCCCGACCCAACUUUGAACCAAAGAACCUGCUGAGUCUGUUUGAGGAAACGACUCCAUGAGUACAAAACUGUCAGUUUACAUUCAAGGGCCAAGUUUUUUUCCUGUUCUGGGUGAAGGGGACCUUAUGUAUGAAUGUAACAAAUUCACUACUUAUGUUGUGUGUGAACUGCUUUUGCCAUUUUGUAUUUUGUACAACUGCUUCUUGUAUUUGGAAAAAAAAUAGGGUAAGGGUUGAAUAUGUAAUCAGACCUUUAAAGCACUUUUUAUGUUUGUGUAAAUACAAUCUGUUGCUGAAAUGACAAGUCAGGAUGUGUUGUAAAAUAAAUUAUCAUUAGCUUGGUGCUGAGCUAUUUACCUCAUGCGUUACAAGAGGAAAUAAAACAAGAAGGGUAAACUCUGAA